UAGGUUUUCGGGGCAUCGUACAAAACAUGGCGUUGCCGCCAUUACCGUUCUGAAAACGAAGUUGAUAAACCCUAAACCUCACCAAACAGUGGAGACAGAGUUCUGCCACCUCUGUCAAUGGCAGUCAACGACGCCGAUCAAUCUAACAGGCCUCAUAGGAAUCGCCAAUCAGGUUCCAAAUCCACCAAGAAGAAGAGUAAGAAGAAGCAGAAUCAGGAUGCUGGAGGAGAGGAUCAGAAAAACCAAAACCCUAAGGCAUUCGCCUAUUCUUCCUCCAACAAAGCCAAAAGGUUGCAAUCACGUGCCGUGGAGAAAGAGCAGCGCCGCCUUCACGCUCCCAUCAUUGACCGCUCCUACGGCGAACCCGCUCCAUACGUCGUCGUUGUGCAGGGUCCUCCUCAGGUUGGGAAGUCACUGUUGAUUAAAUCUUUGGUUAAGCAUUACACGAAACAUAAUUUGCCCGAUGUUCGAGGUCCAAUUACUAUUGUCUCAGGAAAGCAAAGGCGGGUUCAGUUUGUGGAAUGCCCGAAUGAUAUCAAUGGCAUGAUAGACGCGGCAAAGUUUGCAGAUCUAGCGCUACUUCUCAUAGAUGGGAGUUAUGGUUUUGAAAUGGAAACCUUUGAGUUCCUAAAUAUAUUGCAAGUUCAUGGGUUCCCAAAGGUCAUGGGGGUUCUCACCCAUCUUGAUAAAUUCAAGGAUGUGAAAAAGUUGAGGAAAACAAAACAAAGACUUAAACACCGUUUCUGGACGGAGAUAUAUGAUGGUGCUAAACUAUUUUACUUAUCAGGCCUAAUUCAUGGAAAGUAUGUUAAGCGGGAGGUGCACAAUCUUGCUAGAUUUAUUUCAGUCAUGAAGUUUCAUCCUUUAUCUUGGCGAACUUCCCACCCCUAUGUUUUAGUUGACCGUUUUGAAGACAUCACUCCUCCUGAAAAAGUGCAUGCAAAUGAUAAAUGUGACAGAAAAGUCACCCUUUAUGGUUAUCUUAGAGGAUGUAAUUUGAAAAAGGGCAAUAAGGUACACAUAGCAGGAGUGGGUGAUUAUAGUUUAACUGCUAUUACUGCUUUACCGGAUCCUUGUCCUCUCCCAUCUGCUGCAAAAAAGAAAGGGCUGCGGGAUAAGGAAAAAUUAUUCCAUGCUCCUAUGUCUGGACUUGGGGAUCUUUUAUAUGACAAAGAUGCUGUAUACAUAAAUAUUAACGACCACCUUGUUCAAUUCUCAAAAGUUGAUGGUGAAAGCUCUGCUAUGACAAGCAAAGGAAAGGACAGAGAUGUAGGAGAGCUUUUAGUGAAAUCCCUGCAGAAUACCAAAUACUCAAUCAAUGAAAAGCUGGAGAACAGCUCUAUCAGUUUUUUUGGUGAAAAGCGUAAAGUGUCAUCAGAAGCUCUGACUGACACACAUGGUGAAAACAAAGAUGUAGAACAGAAUGAAGCUGCUAUAAACACAAAGGAUUCAGAUGGUUCAGAAUCAUCUGAUCAGGAUGAAGAGGACACCAUGAAAGAGAGUGAAGCCUCUGAUUCCGACAAUGAAGAUUCACCAAAUAGCAAUGCUUUGAAUGGAGACCAAAUACAAGAACAUAUUGAGUUUCAUGAUGGAAGACGAAGGCGGAGAGCGAUAUUUGGAAAUGAUAUUGAUCACAGUGAUGUGAUGGAUUCAGAAGGAGACGAGGAUGCAGCUGCUAGUGAUGAUCUUGCAUCUUCUGAUUCAGGAUCUUCAGAAGAAGAGGAGGAAGAUGAUAAUGAUAAUGAUAAUGAUGACACAAAUGAAAAUGGCAUGGGUAAUGUUUCCAAGUGGAAAGAGUCUUUGGCAGAAAGAACUCUGUCACGGAAAGCUCCUAGCUUGAUGCAACUUGUGUAUGGGGAAUCUACUAAUAAUUCAACCACAGCAAACUCUGAGAAUGAUAAUAGUGGAGAUGAGGAAAGUGAUGAUGACUUUUUUAAGCCUAUAGAAGAAGUGAAAAAGCAAAGCAUGAGAGAUGGAUUGGAUGAUGAUGGAGUGGUCAAUACUGAGGAUUGUUCCAAGUGCACACAAUUUGUGCAUCAGAGAUGGGAUGAGGAGAUUCGUAACCGCUUUGUGUCUGGCAAUUUGGCAAAAGCUGCACUCAGAAAUGCAUUACAAACAGCAAAUACUGAAGGGGAAAAUGAAGAUGUCUAUGGUGACUUUGAAGAUUUGGAAACAGGAGAAAAACAUGAGAAUAAUCAGACAGAUGAUGCUCUUGCAGCAACAACACUAAAGGGUGAUGAUUUGGAAGCUGAGGAGCGGAGGCUUAAGAAACGUGCUCUCCGUGCAAAAUUUGAUUCUCAAUUUGACAAAGACCCUGGGUCACCAGAAGAAGACACUGAUAAUGAAAGUGAACGCAAGUUCCAUCGUGGUCAAGCUAAUGAAAGUAGCUAUUUUGACAAGUUGAAGGAGGAGAUUGAACUCCAGAAACAAAGGAAUAUAGCUGAACUCAAUGAUCUUGAUGAAGAUACCCGAUUGGAGAUAGAAGGGUUCCGAACAGGGACAUACCUAAGAUUGGAGAUUGAUGAGGUUCCUUGCGAGAUGGUUGAAUACUUUGAUCCCUACCAUCCAAUAUUGGUUGGAGGGGUUGGUAUAGGGGAGGAAAAUGUUGGAUAUAUGCAGACAAGGUUAAAGCGGCACAGGUGGCACAAGAAAGUUUUGAAGACUAGAGAUCCAAUCAUUGUAUCUGUUGGAUGGAGGCGUUACCAGACAACCCCAGUUUAUGCCAUUGAGGAUAGCAAUGGAAGGCAUCGUAUGCUUAAGUAUACUCCAGAACACAUGCAUUGCCUUGCUAUGUUUUGGGGCCCUCUUGCUCCUCCCAACACUGGGGUUGUAGCUGUUCAGAAUUUAGCAAACAAUCAGGCAACAUUUAGGAUUACUGCCACUGCAGUUGUGCUUGAGUUUAAUCAUGCAGCAAGGAUAGUGAAGAAAAUCAAAUUGGUUGGUUAUCCAUGCAAGAUAUUCAAGAAGACAGCACUUAUCAAGGACAUGUUUACUUCGGAUCUUGAAGUAGCUCGGUUUGAAGGUGCAGCUAUUCGAACAGUCAGUGGGAUUAGGGGCCAGGUCAAGAAGGCCGCAAAAGAAGAAAUAGGUAAUCAAGCAAAAAAGAAGGGUGGGCAAACUAAGGAAGGAAUUGCUAGGUGCACUUUUGAGGAUAAAAUCCUGAUGAGUGACAUUGUUUUCCUGCGUGCAUGGACUCAAGUUGAAGUUCCUCAGUUUUAUAAUCCAUUGACAACUGCAUUGCAGCCUCGUGAAAAGACCUGGAAAGGAAUGAGGACUGUUGCAGAAUUGAGAAGAGAACACAAUCUUCCUGUUCCUGUAAAUAAAGAUUCACUUUACAAGAAAAUUGAAAGAAAACCUAGAAAGUUCAAUCCAUUGGUGAUUCCCAAGUCUCUUCAAGCAAGUCUUCCCUUUGCAUCAAAACCCAAGGAUAUACCCAAGCGAAAGAAGCCCUUACUUGAAGAGAGAAGGGGAAGGGGUGUUGUCAUGGAACCUCGAGAGCGUAAAGUUCACGCUCUUGUUCAACAUCUCCAGUUAAUAAAUAGCGAGAAGAUGAAAAAGCGAAAGCUUAAGGAAGAGAAGAAAAGGAAAGAACUAGAAGCAGAGAGAGCAAAAGACGAGCAGUUGUCGAAGAAGCGCCGGAGAGAGGAAAGACGUGAGAAAUACCGCGCACAAGACAAACAGAAUAAGAAAAUUCGAAGAGCAGAGGUUUGACUUUACUACUUGAAUUCGUUGAGGUAAAUGAAUUUGUGACAUGUAACCGCCACAAAAUAGAAACAUGAAAUGAAAGAUUCAUGCGGUUGGAAGAGAACAAAGUUCACGACGUAUUCAGCAUCAAGUAGAUUGAUUUGGAAAUGGUGGUAUGGAUCUAUGGAAUUAAUGUCAACAUUGAUAUAUAAAAUUGCUUGAGUCUGAAGUCAGUGAUCCAGGCUUAGAAAUCAUGUGUUGCAAGUACAUGUAUUACAUUACACUACAAAUUUUGUCCUGCCAGUGUCAAUUAUUGAACAAAAAUAGGGUCAGUUAUUAGAUAAUUUUGUUUUUCGUGUUUUGGUAGUUUCUACUACAGUUAGUAUGAAUAUCAAUUUUGGGCGAGGAGUUCAUUUCAA